AAACAGAGAGGAGGCAGAGAAGAGAGACCAAUAGAGACAGAGGCAGAGGCAGAGGAAGGGUGAGAGGAGGAGGAAGAAGACGAGAUGGAGCGAGAGGAUGCGUGGUGCUGCUGCUCCAUGAGGCAGUGCAGGAUCUGCCAUGAGGAGGAGGAGGAGGGGUGCGCCACCACCAUGGAGUCUCCCUGCGGAUGCUCCGGCUCCCUCAAGUACGCGCACAGGGGAUGUGUUCAGAGAUGGUGCGACGAGAAGGGGAGCACGCUCUGUGAGAUUUGCCUUCAGAAUUUCGAGCCGGGCUACACUGCUCCUCCCAAGAAAGCUCAACCUGCUCAUGUCGCAGUCACCAUCAGAGAGAGCCUGGAGGUUCCACGGCCAAGCUACGAGCCGGAGGACUCGCCGUUGAUCGGCGACCAGGUGUACGCCGAGUGCGCCGGAGCGGCCGGCCGGAGCGCCGCCUGGUGCCGAUCGGUGGCCGUCACGUUCACGGUGGUUCUGCUGCUGAGGCAUCUCGUCGCUGUCGUGACGGUUGGAGCCGCCCACCAGUACGCGUUCAGCCUCUUGACGAUAUACUUGCUCCGGGCAAGUGGAAUCUUGCUGCCGUUCUACGUCGUGAUGAGGCUCAUCUCCACGGUUCAGAAGGGCCAGAGGCAAUACCAGCUGCAGCUGCUCCAGGAGCAACGGAGAAAUGCAACGCGAAUGCACAGGCUGCAUGAUCAUGAACAGCAAAAUCAGCAGGCAAUUCUUCGGGUGGACGUAGAAUGAAGUGAUUCUCCUGUAAAAGGCUACGUACGGAGUGUAUUAUUACUCGGGAAAAGAGAUAAAAAAGAAAAUAAACACUGUUCAUAAGCUUACGGUAUAUGUGCACGCCCAAAUUUAUCGCAGUUAUAGUUUUAUAUGCA